AUGAACCACUGGCGAGUCGCUCUGCUGUGCGUGACCUUAACGUGGAGGCUACAAACAGCAUCAACACAAACUCAUGAAGUGGUGUGUCCUGGCACGCAGAACGGCCUGAGCUCCACAGGCUCUCAGGAGCAUCAGUACAACCUGAUUAAAGACCGGUAUGAUGGCUGUGAGAUCAUCAUGGGAAACCUGGAGAUCACUCAGAUCGAGAGUAACUGGGACUUCUCCUUCCUCAAGACAAUCCGCGACGUGACUGGUUACGUCCUCAUUGUUAUGAACCACUUUCAGGAGAUUCCUUUAGGGCAACUACGGAUCAUCAGAGGAAACAGCCUGUAUGAAAGGCGCUUUGCCCUCUCGGUAUUCUUCAAUUACCCCAAGGACGGCUCCAACGGCCUGCGGCAGCUGGGGCUCGCAAACCUGACAGAGAUCCUGGAGGGAGGAGUGCAGAUUAUCAACAACAAGUACCUGAGUUAUGGCCCCUGGAUCUUCUGGCAAGAUAUCAUCAGGGACAACAGUGCUCCUAUUGACAUCCAGUACAAUGGAGAGAGAGGCCCAUGCCACAAAUCGUGCGGAGAUUACUGCUGGGGGCCAAAUAAGGACCAAUGUCAGAUCUUGACUAAGACGGUGUGCGCUCCUCAGUGUAACGGCCGCUGUUUUGGGACGAGCCCCAGGGACUGUUGUCACAUAGAGUGUGCAGCAGGAUGUAAAGGCCCUCUGGACGUAGACUGCUUUGCAUGCCGUCAUUUCAAUGACUCCGGAGCCUGUGUGCCUCAGUGUCCCCAGACUCUGAUCUAUAACAAGCAGACGUUUCAAAUGGAGACCAACCCUAAUGCAAAAUAUCAGUACGGAUCCAUCUGCGUCUCUCAGUGCCCCACCCACUUUGUGGUGGACGGUAGCUCCUGUGUGAGCGUCUGUCCUCCAGACAAGAUGGAGGUGGAGAGAGAGGGCCAGAGGCAGUGCGAGCUCUGCAGCGGACUCUGCCCAAAAGUGUGUGAAGGAACAGGUGCUGAACACAGACAGACCGUGGACUCCAGCAACAUUGACAGCUUCAUCAACUGCACCAAGAUCCAGGGCAGUCUUCACUUUCUGGUCACAGGGAUUCUUGGAGAUGACUUCAAAAAGAUCCCACCCCUAGAUGCCAAAAAGCUGGAGGUGUUCCGCACCGUCAGAGAAAUAACAGAUAUUCUAAACAUCCAGUCGUGGCCCAGAGAGCUGGAUGAUCUGUCCGUUUUUUCCAGCCUCACUACCAUCCAGGGGAGGUCGCUCUACAAGCGUUUUUCUCUGAUGGUGAUGCACAUCUCCACUCUUACCUCGCUGGGCCUGCGCUCCCUCCGGGAGAUCAGUGAUGGCAGCGUGUACAUCAGUCAGAACGCCAACCUCUGUUACCACCACACUGUAAACUGGACGCAGAUGUUCAGAGGCCGCGGAGUUCGAGUCAACAACCUCAACAACAACAGGCCGCUGGCAGAGUGUGUUGCAGAGGGCCAUGUGUGCGACCCACUAUGUUCAGACUCAGGUUGCUGGGGCCCGGGGCCUGACCAGUGUCUCUCCUGUAGGGACUACAGCCGAGACGGCAGAUGUGUGGGCAGCUGUAAUUUUUACACAGGAGCUCCGAGAGAAUUUGCAGGGCCUGAUGGCGAGUGUGUCGCCUGUCAUCCGGAGUGUAGGCCUCAGCAUGGGAAAGCCAGCUGCACCGGACCGGGUGCAGAUGAGUGUGUGGCGUGCGCCAACCUUCGAGACGGUCCUUACUGCAUGUCCUCUUGUCCCACUGGAGUAAACGAUGGACAGAAGGGGCUGAUCUUCAAAUACCCCAACAGGGAGGGUCACUGUGAACCAUGUCACCACAACUGCACACAGGGAUGCUCAGGCCCAGGAUUAAAUGACUGUUUAGAGACAGCAAGACUGGCUGUUAGCAGCGGUCAGAUCACAGGUAUAGCUUUAGGUGUGCCGGCUGGCUUGAUUUUCUGCCUGGUGUUGUUUUUCCUGGGUGUGCUGUACCACCGAGGCCUGGCCAUCCGUCGCAAGAGAGCCAUGCGGAGGUACCUGGAGAGCGGAGAGAGCUUUGAGCCACUGGGUCCUGGAGAGAAAGGUACAAAGGUUCAUGCCCGAAUCUUGAGGCCGUCGGAGCUGAAAAAAAUCAAAGCCCUUGGUUCUGGCGUUUUUGGCACAGUGCACAAGGGAUUUUGGACUCCAGAGGGAGAGACAGUGAAGAUCCCUGUGGCCAUUAAGACCAUCCAGGACAGCUCAGGCCGACAGACCUUCACUGAGAUCACUGAUCAUAUGCUGUCCAUGGGCAGCCUGGACCACCCCUACAUCGUUAGGCUGCUGGGCAUCUGUCCAGGUGCCAGUCUGCAGCUGGUGACCCAGCUCAGUUCGCAGGGGUCCUUACUGGAGCACAUCAGGCAGCACAAGAACAGCCUGGACCCCCAGCGCUUGCUCAACUGGUGUGUGCAGAUUGCUAAAGGUAUGUACUACCUGGAAGAACACUGCAUGGUCCACAGGAACCUGGCUGCCCGCAACAUCCUGCUGAAGAAUGACUACCAGGUCCAGAUCUCUGACUACGGUGUGGCGGACCUCCUUUACCCUGAUGACAAGAAAUACGUCUACACUGACACCAAGACGCCCAUAAAAUGGAUGGCGCUUGAGAGUAUCUUGUUUCGAAGAUACACUCAUCAAAGCGAUGUCUGGAGUUAUGGGGUGACAGUGUGGGAGAUGAUGUCAUUUGGGGCGGAGCCGUAUGCGUCCGUGCAGCCUCAGGAGGUGCCGAGUCUGCUGGAGAAGGGCGAACGUCUGUCGCAGCCCCACAUCUGUACCAUAGACGUGUACAUGGUCAUGGUCAAAUGUUGGAUGAUUGAUGAAAAUAUAAGGCCGACCUUCAAAGAGCUGGCCAGUGACUUUACUCGUAUGGCAAGAGACCCGCCUAGAUACCUCGUCAUCAAGAUGGAAGGAGGAGAACCGUCCUCUGUCGAAAUCCAUCGAAGAGAAUCAGAGCGAGGACUUCUGGACGCAGAUUUAGAAGACCAGGAUGAGGUGGGGCUGGAGGAUGGCUUGGCUACUCCUCCUCUUCAACACUCUCCAUCUUGGAGUCUGUCGCGCUCACGGAUUAAUUCUUACAGGGUAAUGGGAAAGAUUGUAGAUUUAAGUGGCAGCUCUCAGGCUGGACCUAUUGGAUAUCUGCCAAUGACUCCCAGCCCUGUGGACAGCAUCCGCCAGCUGUGGUUUCAGAGGUCUCGUCUGAGCUCGGUGCGGACACUGCCUGAGAGUUCGGAGGUCAGGGGGAGUGGCAGAGAGGCCGAGCUGCGUGAGGAAGGUUUGCAGACUGGGAGCCUUCACAGGGCCAGAUUUGGCUCAGAGAGGGGAAAUCCUCGUAUAUCCAUCAGCCGGCACAGGAAGCUUUCAACAGCAUCGAGCCCAUCCUCAUACAAGGUGUGGACGGCAGAGGAGGAGGAAGAGGUGGACCACUAUGGCUACGUCCUGCCAGGGUCACCUGGGACUCCAGAGAGAGUUUCUCAUUCUGGCCGAAGAAAUUCAAGACUGAAGAAUAAUCUGUCCCUUGUGGUGAUAAAUCCUUCCCAGGAGUAUGAAAUCAUGACUAAAGAGUCUCCUCCUUGCUCAGCCAGAGCUGUGGAAGACCAAGAAGAGGCAGCCCAAGGGAUGGGCAGGUAUGAAUACAUGGAUAUCAGGCGCUCUAACUCUACGGAGGGAGAGGGUCCAGCAUGGGAGAGACGUGGGAGUCAAACAUCUGCAAAGAGUGCAGCAGAGACAGAGGAAACAGACCAAAUAGUGGAGGUGUUGAAAAAAGAGCAUGAGGAAGAAGAGGAAGAUCACAAGCCAGAUGUGCUCACAGCUGGGGGAGAAAAGGUGGAGUAUGAGGAGAUGACCAGAUUUGGAGUGGUGCCCAGUGGGUGGGAGCAGGCUGACUACCAGAACCUCCCGGUGAAGGGGAGGGUGUGUGCUGGCAUGGGGGAACCUGGCAGCAACACAUCCUUUGACAACCCAGACUACUGGCACAGCAGACUGUUCCUCAAGCCAGAUGCUGUACGCACCUAAUAAUGUGGACUGGGACAGAGACACAGUAACUGCUGCUGUUACUUCAGUUCCUGUCAUAAACUUUCUUAGUUUUGUAAUUUUUUACAGCCUUUUUUUUAGUUCCAACAUCCAACAAGAUUUGAAGAGUAAAAGUUAUAAAAGA